AUGUCGCUAGACCAAUUAUCCGUAGGGAACGAAUUGAAAGAUUCCUAUAAAGUCACAUCAACAUGGAUUAAGAACGGUAUCAACUUCUUAUCAGACGUUGACGAGUUUUAUCGUGAACGAGCGGUUAUUGAAAAAGAGUAUUCGACAAAGUUAAAAGAAUUGACCAAACGAUUCUUUGAGAAGAAGGCAAAGAUAUCAUCCAACUUGUCAGUAGGCGAUGAGCCGCAGAUCACACCUGGAUCAUUGGAAAGUGCAUCGUUAGUUCUUUGGAACGAUGUGUUGACCCAGACAGAGGCGAUUGCCGACGAAAAGGCCAAUUUUAGUCGUGAGUUGCAAAUGAAAAUUGGCGAAAACUUGGUCAGUUUAAAAGGAAAAUGUGAAAGAAUUGAGCGCCAAAUUUCCCUAAUCAAUGAGUAUUUGACUACAGAAAAGAAGGGAGUUGAAGAUGAAGUUGCAAAAGCAAAAAAGCAUUACGAUUCGUUAUGUCAGUCUACUGAAACGGCGAGGGACAAGAACCAGAAAUCGCCAACUGAUAAACAUGCUCGCAAGCUAGAGGAGAAGGAAGUGGAAAUGAAUAACGGAAAAAAUGCAUACUUGAUAAAGAUUAAUGUGGCUAAUCGAUUGAAGGACAAGUAUUACUACCAGGAUGUGCCUGAAGUGUUAGACUACUUGCAGGAAUUGAAUGAGGACAGGGUAGCAUUGAUGAACAAGUUGUUGAAAAACGCAAAUAUCGUGGAACGAAACUCAUUAGAUAAAGUAAAGGAGAAGUUGCAUUUAAUUGACAGUACCAUUGAUCAGAAUAGCCCUAAAUUGGAUAUCGCAAUGUUCAUCAAACACAACACGGUUGAUUGGGCUGAGCCACAGGACUUUUAUUUCAUUCCGUGCUCAUUUUGGCACGACGACGAGAGUUUGGUGAUCAAAGAGCCCGAGUUGACUGAGUUGAAGAAGCGACUCAAUAUUGCAACAAAUGAAUAUGGAAAGUUUGAACAAUCGAGUUUGGAUAUGAAACAGUCUCUUGAGGAAAGCACGGCAAAGAGGAAGACAGACGAGAGUAUAACAUUGAAAUUUGACGCGGGGUUGCAAAGCUCGCUAACCAUUUUGAGCAAGUUUAUGAAAGAAGACACAAAUAGGGUCAAGAACGAAGUGGAGAUUGAAAUUAUCCAGAAUUUCGCUGGGGACAAAGAUUUGAGCUAUGUUGCCCCAGCUCUGCAGAAAAAAUCCCGUUUUGGGUUCCUCAAGGGUAAAAAGACCGAGCAAAGCGAUGCACAGUCAGUUCACACGGUCAAGUCAAACACUUCAAGUAUCUUGCCCAGUGGUAUAUUCAACCUUCGAAGUAACAGGGGCUCAAGUGGGAAGGGCAAGUCUGGCCCCACAGCAAAAGCUUUGUAUGCGUACACUGCAACGAGUGCCGACGAGACAGGGAUCUCUCCUGGUGAUGAGUUGUCUGUAGUGGAAGAGGACGACGGUUCCGGAUGGACAAUGGUAUCUGGCCCACAGGGACAAGGUUUGGUGCCAACAUCGUACAUUGAAGUAAAAGCAGCAGCAGAGGAAGCAGCAGCAACAAAGAAACCACCGCCAGUAGCGCCAAAGAAAGGGGCAAAGAGAGUGCAAUACUUGGAAGCCCUUUACGAUUACACUGCUGAUGGUGAUGAUGAGUUAUCUAUACAAGCUGGCGAUCGAAUCAUAUUGGUAGAGGAUGACACCGACGGUUCUGGCUGGACGGAAGGAGAGUUGAAUGGGGAAAAGGGUAUGUUUCCCACCAGUUACGUAAAAAGGAUAUAG